CAUUUUUCUCCCAUUUUUUAUUCAGAAAGUCUCUCUUAAGUACUACUCAUCUUUUGUGUGUGUGUGUGUGUGUGUGUGGUCUGUUACAUAUAUGCUGUACAGUAGAGUCUCCAAAAAGAGGGAAAAAAUACAUCCAGGAUGAUGUCAUGGGCAAAAAAAAAAAAUCUUUAUUUCAUAGUUUAUGCUGAGAGGCAAAAUAAUGAAAAAUAGUCUUAUAAAUGCUUGACCUUAGACUUAGCAUAUGAGAUAAGCUGUUAAGCAAAAAGCUUAAAAUUUAAAAAAUGAAACUGUAUUUCCUGACCCAGAUUGUUUUAUGAACAACAUAUUUUAGAGCAGUGGGAAAAAAAAAGCAACAGAAAAACUUCUUAUCUUUUACAGAUUUGGGCAUACUGAAAAAGGAUUACCUACAUAUAACUUUAGUGCUUAGAAGGUAUCAUGUUCAACAAGAAGUAAUAUGGCUAUCCAAAAUAAUCAAAAUCAUUCUGUUUCUAUUAACUUACAACCAGAAGAAUACAAGAUUGCAGCACUAGUAUUCUACAGCUGUAUCUUCAUAAUUGGAUUAUUUGUUAAUGUGACUGCUCUCUGGGUCUUCAGUUGUAGCACCAAGAAGAGAACAACUGUAACUAUCUAUAUGAUGAAUGUAGCUUUAUUGGAUAUAGUCUUCAUAUUGUGCUUACCUUUCCGUAUGAUUUAUUAUGGAAAAGGUAAAUGGCAGUUUGGGGAGACUUUCUGUCACAUUCUUGGAGCUCUUACAAUGUUUUAUCCAAGUAUUGCCCUCUGGCUUCUUGCCUUUAUUAGUGCCGAUAGAUAUAUGGCUAUUUUGCAGCCCAAACAUACCAAAGAACUUAAGAAUACAAGCAAAGCAGUGCUAGCCUGCGUUGGAAUUUGGAUAAUGACUCUUGCAAUUACCACCCCUCUAUUAUUUUUAAAUGAAGACCCAGAUAAAGACACAAACCCUGCCAGCUGCCUGAAAAUUUUGGACAUAAUUCACCUAAAAGCAAUGAAUAUGCUGAACUUUACUCGUUUGAUUUUUUUCUUCUUGAUUCCUCUUUUCAUCAUGAUUGGAUGUUACUCAUUCAUUAUUAAUAGUCUCCUUCGUGGCCGGACUUCUAAACUAAAGCCAAAGGUCAAGGAAAAGUCCAUAAGAAUAAUUAUCACUCUCAUUGUACAAGUGCUUGUGUGCUUUGUUCCUUUUCAUAUUUGUUUUACUCUUCUAAUGUUACAACGAGGGGAAAACAGCUAUAAUCCAUGGAGCACCUUUACCACUUUCCUUAUGAAUCUCAGCACAUGUUUGGACGUUAUACUCUAUUACAUUGUCUCAAAACAAUUUCAAGCUCGAGUCAUCAGUGUCAUGCUAUAUCGAAAUUAUCUUCGAAGUGUGCGCAGGAAGAGUUUUCGAUCAGGCAGCAUACGAUCACUAAGCAAUAUUAACAGCGAAAUGAUAUAAUUAGUAGGUUUUUUAAAUCAAGUAUUAAAGAAUUUCAUUUUAAAA